AUGAUGGUCGUUGCUGGGCGAGAUUUAGGUGGUGGGUCGAUGACAAUCGAGGCUGGUUUGGUAGAGCAAAGGAGGAACACGGUUGGACCUGUGACUAAGGUCAUUAGGAAGAAGAAAUGCAAAACUAAAAAUACAAAGCGGCCUGUGCCGGCAGUUCCCACGGCGUUGCAGAGGCUAUAUGGAGCGUGUCGCGAUGUGUUUAAAGGUCCCGGGACUGUUCCUUCCCCUAGUGAUGUGCAGAAGCUGUGCCACAUACUUGAUGGUAUGCGGCCAUCAGAUGUUGGGCUAAGUAGGGAUCUGCAAUUCUUUAAGCCAAAAAGUGCUGUCAACGGAAUUCCAAGAGUGACAUAUACAACUAUAUACUACUGCGACAAUUUUUCGCUGUGCAUGUUCUUUCUUCCUGCCACUGCUGUCAUUCCCCUCCAUAACCAUCCAGAAAUGACUGUUUUUAACAAGCUUCUUCUAGGCACCAUGCACAUCAAAUCGUAUGAUUGGGUUGAUGACGUUGUGGCCGUUUCUCAAUUGAGGUUGGCAAGGUUGAAAGCCAACAGUGUAUUCACAGCUCCAUGCAGCACUUCUGUAUUGUAUCCAACAUCAGGAGGCAAUAUUCAUGCCUUCACGGCUUUAACACCAUGUGCAGUGCUUGAUGUGCUUGGACCUCCCUAUUCUACAGAGGAUGGCCGUGAUUGCUCAUAUUACAAAGAUACUCCUUGUACUGCUCUAUCAAAUGGAGAGCCCAAGGAAGGGGAUGACUCUUUCGGGUGGUUGGAAGAGAUUGAAAUGCCUGAGGACUCAGAAAUGGAUGGAAUUGAGUACAUGGGCCCACAGGUUAAUGACACCAGUUCUUUGCUGUCCUGAGGGCCUCCUUUAUCCAUUUUUCUUCAACACUUUCCUAUGUACUUUUGUAUUUUUAUGUGCAUCGCCAUAUCUGGGUGGACAGAUUUUACUUCUUCAUUGCUGGUUACAUAACGUAUUGAUACGUUUAAAGGAAAACUAGAAGUAUCAUAUCCUAGUUUUUUUCCCCUUGUUAAAUUAACUUCUUUUUUAACCUAUUGUGGUUGGGCCUUCCAAGAUUUCAAC